AACUCUCCCACCUGCCGGCCUAACAGCAUCCUCUACCAAGCUAAAAGCAACCCCCCCCCCCACUACCGAUAUAGCAGCACCCCCUACCGAUAUAGCAGCACCCCCUACCGAUAUAGCAGCACCCCCUACCGAUAUAGCAGCACCUACCGAUAUAGCAACACCUACCGAUAUAGCAGCACCUACCGAUAUAGCAGCACCUACCGAUAUAGCAGCACCUACCGAUAUAGCAACACCUACCGAUAUAGCAACACCUACCGAUAUAGCAGCACCUACCGAUAUAGCAGCACCUACCGAUAUAGCAGCACCUACCGAUUUAGCAGCACCUACCGAUAUAGCAACACCUACCGAUAUAGCAACACCUACCGAUAUAGCAGCACCUACCGAUAUAGCAGCACCUACCGAUAUAGCAACACCUACCGAUAUAGCAGCACCUACCGAUAUAGCAACACCUACCGAUAUAGCAACACCUACCAAUAUAGCAGCACCCCCUACCGAUAUAGCAGCACCCCCUACCGAUAUAGCAGCACCCCCUACCGAUAUAGCAGCACCCCCUACCGAUAUAGCAGCACCCCUACCGAUAUAGCAGCACCCCCUACCGAUAUAGCAGCACCCCCUACCGAUAUAGCAGCACCCCCUACCGAUAUAGCAGCACCCCCUACCGAUAUAGCAGCACCCCCUACCGAUAUAGCAGCACCCCCUACCGAUAUAGCAGCACCCCCUACCGAUAUAGCAGCACCCCCUACCGAUAUAGCAGCACCCCCUAUCUGA